UUACAGCUCCGCAAUGUUGGGCCUGAAAACUGAUCAGGAAGUCCUUGGGGAACUUGUGAAAAUGAAAGUUCCAGCUGUGGCAGAGCUGAUGGAAAGACACGGCGUCAUGUGGACCCUAGUGGUGUCACGCUGGUUUAUAUGCUUGUUCAUCGACAUUCUUCCAGUAGAGACUGUGCUCCGAAUAUGGGAUUGUUUAUUCUAUGAAGGGUCAAAGAUCAUCUUCCGCGUGGCCUUAACAUUAAUUAAGCAACACCAAGCUUUUAUUUUGGAAGCCACGAAUUUCCCUGACAUUUGUGAUAAAUUUAAGCAGAUCACCAAAGGAACAUUUGUAACAGAGUGUCACAGCUUCAUGCAGAAAAUAUUCACAGACCCUGGAAGCUUGUCCAUGGCAACAAUCAACAAACUCCGAGAGACUUGCAGAGAGAAGAUGCUUUCUCAGGGAUAACUCAGCAGAUUUCACCAGGUGGUCAGAUACUACAGCAGCCAAUACAUUCCUCUAUUUGCACUGACUAAAGCACACUUCAAGCUUUCCAUGAGUUAACUGACACUUGACCAAUUUUUCCUGCCUUUCAAGUAAGUGUUGUUAACACUUCGUACUGUAUGUCAGACUUGAUAACUGGAACUGUAGUGGUGGUUGUUGUUGAUUUUUUUUUUUUAAAGGAUUAAAGUGUUUUCAGAGUAGAAUGCAAUCAGUGUCAGGAUGCUCCUUUUAAACAAGUCACCGUCCUUGUCUUUUCAGGGCAUUUUGUAAUGUUAAAAGAAAACAGGUGUAUAAAAUUCCAUAUCCUUCCUAUUGUAUUAACUGUGACACUGCUAUCAUUUGUACAAAAUAAAUUAAUUU